AUGUUUGUCAUGUUACCUCUCUGUGUCCCAUCUUGUUUCUAUUUCCUUUUGUUUGUUGUUUUUUUUUUUCUUUCUUUCUUUCUUUCUUUCUUUCUUUCUUUCUUUCUUUCUAUUAGCUUUUGUUUAUUUCUUUUUCCUUUUCUUUAUUUCUUUCUUUCUAUUUCCUUUUCAUUCUUUUUUGUUCUUUCUUUCUCUUUCUUUUUCCUUUUCUUUAUUUCUUUCUUUCUAUUUCCUUUUCAUUCUUUUUUGUUCUUUCUUUCUUUCUUUCUUUCUUUCUUUCUUUCUAUUUCCUUUUCAUUCUUUUUUGUUCUUUCUUUCUUUCUCUUUCUUUUUCCUUUUCUUUAUUUCUUUCUUUCUAUUUCCUUUUCAUUCUUUUUUGUUCUUUCUUUCUUUCUUUCUUUCUUUCUUCCUUUUUUCAUUCUUUUUUGUUUUUCUUUCUUUCUUUCUUUUUUUCUUUCUUUUUCUUUUCUAUUUCCUUUUUUUCUUUUUUAUUUCUUUCUUUCUUUCUUUCUUUCUUUCUUUCUUUCUUUUUUCUUUCUUUCUUUCUAUUUCCUUUUCAUUCUUUUUUGUUCUUUCUUUCUUUCUUUUUUCUUUCUUUCUUUCUAUUUCCUUUUCAUUCUUUUUUGUUCUUUCUUUCUUUCUUUCUUUCUUUUUUCUUUCUUUCUUUUUUCUUUCUUUCUUUCUAUUUCCUUUUCAUUCUUUUUUGUUCUUUCUUUCUUUUCUUUUCUUUCUUUCUUUUCUUUCUUUUUCUAUUUCCUUUUCAUUCUUUUUUGUUUUUCUUUCUUUUUUCUUUCUUUUUCUUUCUUUCUUUCUUUUUCUUUCUUUCUUUCUAUUUCCUUUUCAUUCUUUUUUGUUCUUUCUUUCUUUCUUUCUUUCUUUUUUUUUUCUUUCUUUCUAUUUCCUUUUCAUUCUUUUUUGUUCUUUCUUUCUUUCUUUUUCUUUUGCCUUUUCUUUAUUUAUUUCUUUAUAUUUCAUUUUCUUUCUUUCUUUUACACACGCAUACAGGCACCUCUCUCAUGCACUCUGCACACAAACACGCGCAUUUUUUUUAUUUUUCCCGACAUGCCUCUCUUCCUCUCACCCGUUUUUAUCUCUUAUACAUAUGCAAAGAGGUUAAGCCAGUUCUUUCGUUCAUUUGGUAAGGCAUCAGGUGGCUGUAGCAUCGACAGUCAGUAUCUAUUCACUGACACACCCAUAAGCCUCCUAACCUACCACAGACCCAUCUCCUUUUCCUCCACUAACCGCUCCCCUCCUCGACUCGGUUGCCAGGCAACUAAUGAGGCUUUUUGGAAGGAACUUAAAAAGGAGAGUCUUUUCAUAUCUAUCUAUCUAUCUAUCUAUCUAUCUAUCUAUCUAUCUAUCUAUGUCUGCCCAAUAUCUAUCUAUCUAUCUAUCUAUCUCUGA